AUGACCAGGAUUAUCUCUCUUGACAUGAGUGAUAAUAACUUCAGUGGCUCUAUCCCACCUGAAUUGUUCUCCUUGAAGACUCUCCAGCGCCUUGACUUAAGCAUGAAUGGUAUUGGUGGUAAGCUGAGUGGUGACAUCAAAAAGCUCAAGAAUCUGCAAGAACUUGGCUUAGGCUGGAAUCUCAUUGGAGGAGAGAUUCCUCCAGAAAUAGGUAGUCUUACUGAACUGCGGAUCCUGUCAUUGAAGCAGAACAAGUUCUCUGGUUCUAUACCGUCCCUAAUACAUUUGACGAAGCUCUCAACGGUUGAUCUUGAGGAAAAUUCCAUGUCCUUUGAGAUUCCCACAUGGCUGUUUGGUCUUGAGAAGCUGGAGAAUUUGCGGCUAGGAGGAAACAAACUCCAAUGGAACAAGAAUGGCUCUGUCUUUGCGCAAUUUCAGUUAACAUAUCUGUCACUUAAAUCUUGUGGCUUAGAAGGGAAUAUUCCGGAUUGGCUCAAGAAUCAAACAGCUCUUCGUUUCCUGGAUUUGAGAAUGAACAGGCUCCAAGGAAGUUUCCCCAUAUGGUUGGCUCAUCUUAAAAUCUAUAACAUACUUUUGUCAGACAAUAGACUCUCAGGUUCACUGCCUCCGAGUUUGUUUCAGUCUCAGAACUUAUAUCUUCUUGCGCUAUCAAGAAACAACUUCUCUGGUCAGAUACCUGAUACGAUAGGCGAAUCAUCGAUCAUAGUAUUGACGUUGUCAGAAAACAACUUCUCAGGAUCAGUACCAAAGUCUAUUUCAAAGAUCUACGGGCUGCGGUUGCUGGACUUGUCAAAGAACAGAUUUUCAGGUGAAUUCCCAAGAUUCUAUGUGGAUUAUCGUGUGGAGUCAUUUCUUAUGUUUCUUGAUAUAUCUUCCAACGAGUUCACUGGGGAUGUUCCAACUUCCUUUGGGUUACACAUCAUGAUGCUUUCAAUGAGUCAGAACAAUUUCAGUGUUUCAUCUCCCGAGUAUUCCCAUCUCUAG